AUGUUAGAUGAAUCCAGCCGUGGAUUCUUAGAAAAUGCUCGAAAUAGCAUUAAAGACUUAAAUGACGCCAUAAGUUUUUUCCGCAAACGUAGGCCUGAAAUUUCAUCUUUUGAAUUCGAGCCAUCGCUCUAUUGUACCCAUGCUUUCCAGAAUUGGUGGUCCAAUUACUAUAAUCAUCACGAAAUUUCUGUCGAAGCGUGCAACCAGAAGAUGACUUCUACUUUUUCUAUGUUUCAGAAAGGGGAUCCAAAGGCCAAGACGAGAGGUACGCACAUUCGAGAAAUUCAAUCUUUAGAGCGAUUUUUUAAAGUUAUUUACUUACCACGGAGAAUAUCUCAAACCAUUUUUGAAGCUGCCAUUUCUUUAAAAGAGAAAACCAAAGAAAGAGCUAAGGCCAUUCCUAAGACCAAGACUCCUACCAAGCCCCAGAUUUCUAUCGAGAUGACUGCUUCAAUUCCUGUGCAGCAGACACCUGAUCAACCUUCAGCUCCAUCAGUGGAGGUUUCGACUGAUGACACUCCGAGUGUCAAUUCACCCCCUAGGGUCCGAAAAGACCCUAAAAAACGUUUGACUCCUAUCCUUGAGGAGUCUCAAAAAAUCUCGAGAAAAGAACCUGCAACUACUGCCCAACAAGGGAACGAGGCAGCUUCUUCCUCGAGUUCUGGAUCUUCGAGUUCUUCUUCGGAUACUUCUUCGAGCUCUUCUAGCUCGAGUUCUGAAGACCAAGCUCAAACAGAGCUGGCUCCUGAGGUGUCUCCUAUAUCUCGACAAACACCGCCUCUAGGUUCUCCCGAGGUUGAUGUUGUUUCAUAUCAAUCAGAAGAGGAGGGGCCCUUACAUGAAGUUGAGGAGAAUAUAGCUGAAGAGGGAAACCAAGUCCCUAAAGACCCCCAAAUUUCUGUCGAAGGUCCUCCCAACAUUGAGGUUAUACCAUCAGCAUCAUCCAUUAACUCAGAAAUGAACUUGGAUGAUUUUAACGCUAUGGUAGAGGAAGAUCCAGAGGGGGCCAUCGACAAAAUUUUGGCUGGUACCUUCACUUUUUCCUCUUCAUCUCAUACUCCUUCAGGGUCACAUUCAGAAAUCUCCAAGCCUACUGAAUCAACUGAAAAAAAUGCUCGAAGAGCUUAG